UUUUCCGCUCGCAACCUCUCCUCCGUAAUUGUCGCCCCCAGUGCGCGCAGACUCGCUACCCUAUCAUCCUCAAGGGCUCUCAUUCGCGUCGAUGUGGGCCGCGCCAGGUUAGCUAGCACUGCAGCAAAGAUCCGCCCGCAGACUCUCCCAACAUUUUCAAUGGAAAACAAGGUUGCUCUUGUCACUGGUGCUGCAAGAGGACUGGGCAACGAGUUUUGCCGUGCCUUCGUAGAAUCCGGGUGCAACUCCCUCGCAAUCGUCGACCUGAAAGAAGAAGAGGCACAACGCGCCGCGGAAGAGCUCAAAGCCGAAUUCGAGGGGAAUGGUAUAGCAGAGAAAGGCUCGCUCAACAUUAUUGGCGUUGGGUGCGACGUAUCAUCAGAAGUAUCAGUGCAAAAGGCGUUCAAGGUCGCAACCGAUGAGUUUGGGCGCAUCGAUUCGGUAGUGGCAUCAGCUGGUAUCGUCGAGAAUUACUCCGCCUUCGAUUACCCCUUUGAUCGUAUCAAGCGGUUAUAUGAUAUCAAUGUACAUGGCGCCUUUUUUACUGCACGCGAAGCAGCACGUCGCAUGAUCCCAGAUGGAGGAGGUUCCAUUGUAUUGGUUGCCAGUAUGAGUGCUCAGGUUGUUAAUGUUCCUCAACCUCAAACGCCGUAUAAUGCAUCGAAAGCUGCGGUAAGACAUAUGGCUUCCAGCUUGGCCGUCGAAUGGGCGAAGAAGAACGUCCGCGUUAACACCCUCAGCCCCGGAUAUAUGCUCACAAAGCUGACAAGAACUAUCCUCGAACAUGAUCAGGAUUUGAAGCGCACCUGGGAAGCGCUGACACCCAUGGGCAGAAUGGGAGACCCUGAAGACUUGAAGGGCGCUGUUAUCUUCCUCGCGAGCGAUGCCUCCAAAUUCGUCACAGGCACCGAGGUCCGCGUCGACGGUGGCUACUGCAUCAUCUAAUCACAGACACGUCACCAUGUCCGAACGGAAUCUUUUUUAUUAAUCUAUCUUGCAAUACCCCUCACAUAGACACAUUAUUAUUGGACAUUGGUUUGGUACUCACUUUUUUCUUUCAUGGAUGACGUUACGCUUCUUGGUAGAAAUGCACAGCGCAUGUUUAUCCUGGUUCCUCUAUCUUCCAUUUCUUUAAAUGCUACAUGUAAAUUCUUUCGUAGUGUACAAUCGCCAAUAGUUCUUCUCUUCGCUUUCUUUUGACAUCCAACAACAUAAUCAAUAGACUAAUUUAUUCCAUUUCACCCCACAAGAACGCGAAAGUUCAGAAACUGAGCGUGUCGAGCCAUUCGCGAAGACGAGUACCAGUCUCUUCUUGACGUUCCUGCACGAUGAAAUGGCCAGUUGUGUCGUCGCCGAUUUGGUGGGCUGUUACUUUACCUGGUUGACCGAGAGCACUCCAGAUUCCGCCUACAUCGAAGCGACGUCCGAGGUAGUACGAAUAAAGGGUGAGAAGUGGACAUUGGAAGACUGGUGGAGUGUUUGUUGAGGAUCGGGUGAGCGGGUCGAGAGAGCUGGUCUUGUCAUCUGAUAUGUCGUGCGUUGCGCCUGCACGGUAGUCUUCACAAGCGGCCGCAAUUCUAUCAUAUCCUUGUUGUUCGGGGUCAAGAUACGGCUCAAUAGAAUCACGGAUCCAUUCGCUCUUCGGGUCUUUGUUCAUUCCUGAGCCGGCCCAGCCUGUGAUGGCGUAUUCGAAGUAGAAUUGUCUGUUGGAUGCGAUCAUCGUUUCUGGGAGGGGACGUGGUGCGGAGAGGAAUAUCCAAUGAUGAGACCUCUUCGUCUCGAAAUGUUGAUUAUUUUCCAAACGCAUUGCGUCCCAGACGUUUAUCGUCGGCACGAUAUCCAUGAGUACGGCACCCUUUACACGCUCGACACCGUAAUCGAGUGCUAGACGAUACGCAAGACGUGCACCGCGAUCAUGACCUAUGGCUAUGAUAGGUGUGUUCACGCCGAACAGUGCAUCGACAACGUGUAUGAUAUCUUUCGCCCAUUCGCGUUUGGAAUGUGCGCGAGAAUCGGGUGAGAUUGGUUUUGUACUGUUCCUGUAUCCAGGAAGGUCCGGAACAAGCACACUCCAUAUAUCCGGAAUUUCAUCGACAAAGUGUUUAUACAUAAGACUAUUUUGCGGGUAUCCAUGAAGUAGGACAAGCACAGGCAGCUUAUUGGAAUUUACACCCUCAGGGGGUCCCUUGUAGAAUGAGAACACUUGCGCCCCGGUUGGACAUUCCGUAUACGCGGUUUGGAGGCCCGGGAAUGCGUUGAACGUGCUUUCAGACAUGGUUGAGCCUUGACGCGAUAACCUGGAUGUAUGCGGGAAACCGAUUUUCGGAAUCUU